UGUGCAUCCUCGACAUAUCCAAGAUCUGCUUGUAUGAAUUUCACCAUGAAUAUAUGCUACCCCUGUACAGAGACAAGUGUAAAAUGUACACCGAUACGGACAGUCUCAUAUACCACGUCGAGUGCGAGGAUGUAUACGAGACUGUGAAACGCAAUAUACGCAGAUUCGACACGAGCGAUUAUCCAGAUGACAACGCGUACGGUAUACCGCAUGCGAAUAAGAAAGUCCCCGGUCUCAUGAAAGAUGAGAAUAAUGGGGCAUUUAUAACCGAAUUCGUCGGACUCAGGGCGAAAAUGUAUGCUUUGAGAGUAGACGGUAAAAGCGAUGCGAAAAGGGCGAAGGGGGUUAAAAGCAACGUGGUAGCGCGAACAAUAACUUUUGACGAUUACACGCGAUGCUUGAGAGACGAGAUCGAGAUGACUCGUCGUCAGUCGUGCAUACGAUCGAAGCUACAUCAAGUCUACACCGUAUCCGAGACAAAAAUCGCCCUGAGUACGCACGAUGAUAAACGAUACAUCGUGCCUGACUCAACCGACACUUUGCCAUGGGGGCAUUACCGGGUACCCUGUAACGUAUAAGCGUAAUGUAUAAUGUGUAACAUGUAAUCUAGUAUAAUGUACUGUAUAAUAUGUAACGUAGUGUAAUAUAGCGUACUAUACCAUUGGAUGUAAUAUUAAUUUUAAAAUAGGAGCGAAAUCUAAUUUUUUUCGAUGUUUCU